AUGAUCCAAUGGUUUAAUGAAACUGACAAAGGAAAGGAGGUCAGGGUUCUUCUAUUAGACUAUAAAAAGGCCUUUGACCUGAUUCAUAAUAACCUCAUAAUACAGAAACUUAGAGAUCUAAAUGCGGAUGAAAUUCUUGUGAACUGGAUUAGAUCAUUUUUAAGUAAUCCUCUUCAACAAGUUAAAAUGGGGAAGCACCUAUCAUCCUGGCUAUCUCCCAACGGUAGCGUCCCAAAAGGGUCUUGGUUAGGACCUGUUCUGUCUCUGAUAUUCAUAAACAGCCUUAAGAUCAACUUGCCUCUAGUCAAAUAUAUGGAUGACACAACAGCUUCCGAAACAAUAUCCUCCCUUAAUUGCAGCAAUAUGCAAAUAGCGUGUAAUGACAUAUAUGAAUGGUCUUGCAUUAAUAGCAUGGUUAUCAAUGAAAAGAAAACAGUUGAAAUGUUGAUUAGUGGCAAACGGUUUAAAAGUAACCUUCCAGCUCUUAUUAUCAGCAAUGUUGAAAUUGAAAAGGUUGACCAAACCAAACUUCUGGGUUUUGGCAAAGUCAUAUUGACUAUAUGUAAGAAAUGUAAGACAAGAAUCUACUAA